AUGAGAACAUCACAAGUUGGUUGUUUUGUGACCGCUAUUUUUCCAUAUCUGUUUUCUUUAUCCCAAAUAAGAAUUGUGUCUCUAAUGUCUCUGUCCAUACUGUCUUACGAGCGUUAUGCCGCCCUGCUGCGCCCCACCAAGGCAGACGUGUCUGACUUCCGCAGGGCCUGGCUCUGUGUGGCUGGAACCUGGCUCUAUUCGCUGGUGUGGACUCUCCCACCAUUCCUGGGCUGGAGUAGCUAUGGACCUGAAGGGCCCGGGACAACAUGCUCAGUGCAGUGGCAUCAGCGCUCAACCAGCAGCAUGUCUUGUGUAAUGUGCCUGUUCAUCUUCUGUCUGCUUCUACCCCUCAAGCUCAUGAUAUUCUGCUAUGGCAAAAUCCUGUUCAUUAUUAAAGGGGUAACUAAAAUCAACCUGCUGAGUGCACAGAGGAGAGAGAACCACAUCCUUUUGAUGAUUGUCACGAUGGUAUCCUGCUAUCUGCUGUGCUGGAUGCCUUACGGGGUGGUGGCCCUGCUGGCCACCUUUGGCAGGAGGGGACUGAUCACUCCCAUAACCAGCGUGGUGCCAUCAGUCCUGGCCAAGAGCAGCACUGUGGUCAACCCGGUCAUAUGUGUGCUUUUCAACAACCAGUUCUACAGGUGUUUCUUAGCAUUUCUGAAGUGUCAAGGAGAACCAUCUAUUAACAUCCAAAAUCCUCAGCAAAGCAGCAAAGAAGAUCCUCAUGCACUCAAACCCUGUGACGGGCCCUCAUGGCAUCGCACCAUCAAGGGCCCUCAGAAAAAAGAGCAGCACACUCUGGCCUUAGUAGUCCACUACACACCCUGA